UAUAGUCAUCCAACAAAUGAUGAACAACUGCGCUCUGCUCUGAAUUACGUGAUGUACAAGGAAAGGUAUUGAAUAAAUGAGAAAAUAGUUUGAAAAAGUAGAUAGAGGUGUCAAUAAAUAUAUACUGGAAUCAUGUUGCUGUAUAUCUUAAACUAACCCAACAUUGUAAAGUCAACUAUACUCCAACUGAAAAAAAAACACAAGGAAAAGUGUUGGAGAUUAUCCAGGCUCUGCUCCACUCUGGGAUGAGCUGGUCGGCUUACUUUCAGGAAGGGAGAUACUGGCUUUUCCCAGUGCUCCCUGCUGCAUCCCGAACAGGCAGGGAGGUCUCUGCUCUCACACAGGUCUUUGCAGCUUCCCUAACGUGGGGAGGUAGGGAGGUCGCCACCUCUGUACCCUCCUGAGUCAGAGGCACCCCUCAUCUCCUCUGCUCCUCUGUCCGUAGCCUCCUGCUGGGUGCCAGCAUCAAGGGACCCUCCCGCAGCAUCUCAUUCCCUUCUCCUCUUUAAGACAAUGCCGCCCAUCUUACAGAUGAGGAAACUGAGGCUCAGACUUGGUGAAGCAAUCUGCUCAGGUUACACAGCAGCUCAGCAGUCUCUCUCCCACCCCAGGCUGCCUCUGUGUGCAGGGGUGGGUUGGGGGGAAAGCCCAUCUUGGGGAUCACAACUUGGCCCCUUCCACAGUACCUUGGAUUUAUUGCUGAAGGGUGCUAUGUCAGGGACUCGAGAAAUCUCACCCCAAAACACAGCUGUUGGUCACCACAGGAUUCUCAGCUGCAAGAUUUUGAAUCCCACAAAUACCAGCCACUGCCAGGGGGAGAAUAAGGGGAGAGAGAGAAACCCAGGAGGCAUGAGUGUUCACAAGGCCAAGAAGAAAGACCAAUCGGAUGGCCAAAGGGAGAGGCACUGCCCUUUCUGGCUCCCUGGUCGGGAGGCUGAGGGGUGAUACGAAGACAGUCGCCUUUGCUACCCUCAGGCAAAUGAGAUGACUGUCAGCUCACUGAGGACAGGCUGUUCACAACAGAUUUGAGUUUUUCUCCUGGCCCCAGAUAGAGCAGCAGAUGGCUCUGGGCCCUUGAGGACUUACAGGAUAGAUUUACUGAAAGAACCAAAGUAGCUGAUAUUUGCAGGAGCUGGAGAUGGGAGCAAAAUGCUAAGGGCUUUGGAGGUAUCACCUCAUUUUAUCCUCACAAUAGUCUACGGGUAGGUGCUAUCAUCCCCAACAUGUAAGCGAGGACCUAGCCAAAGGGAACUGGAUCAAGCCAACACACUGAGAAAGGAUGAGAAGACUGAGAAUCUGAGGGACAGGCCAGGGUUGUGUGGGAUGGGAGCCAAGAUAAGGGAACCUGGAACAGAGGGAUACAGAGAGAGGAAUCAGCAUCAGACUCCAAGAGGCCUCAGAGGGCCAAACGAGCAUCUUUAUCCUGUCCCGUGGUCACCAAACUCUUGCUCAUGGACCCCACUGGUGGACAAGAUAGGUACAUUGAUCUACUGAUGAAUUGUACACAGGUACUGCUGUGUUCAUGAGACACUGUAAAUGUGUACAGAAAUAGAAGUUAAGUGACACAGAAGUUCAUAUAACUAGAAGAUCUAAUGUUACCUUUCUACACCUCAGUCUUGUCCACACUGCACUGGGUCUUCGCGGCUGCACAUGGACUUUCUCUAGUUUUGGCCAAUGGGGGCCUGCUCUCUAGUUGCGGGCACAGGCUUCUCGUCGUGGCGGCUUCUUCUGUCGCAGAGCACAUGCUCUGCGGCACGCAGGCUUCCAUAGAUGUGGAGCGUGGGCUCUGUAGUUGUCGCUCGGGGCUCUGGGGCACAGGUUCAGCGGGUGUGCUGUGCAGGCUGAGGUGCCCAGUGGCACGUGGAAUCUUCCCAGACCAGGGAUUGAACCUAUGUCUCCUGCACUGGCAGGUGAAUUCUUAACCACUGGACCACCAGAGAGGUCUGAGGAAACUAUUAAUACAUUUCUGUGCUCUGGGUCAAGGGAGUUGAAGAGCGCCCCCAGAUGGAGUCAGUGGUGCUGGUGCCAUGUCUCUGAAACUCCUGCUGCUGGUGGUCCUGCUGGGCCCUGGCAGCAGCCUCCAGCUGCAGGAGACCGGCAAGAACGAACCCGUGAAGGCCCCAGACCCAGCACCAGGUGGUGACAGGACAGACCUGGAAGACUAUGAUCAAGACUAUGACUAUGUAGGACAGACGGACCCUCCAGAGAUGCUUGACAGUAUCACCGAGGCCCCCAAGUUUCUGCCUAUGGUGGCAACGCUGGGGCAGAGAGAGCCUGCAGGGCCUACGACACCUGAGUCAUUCACUCUGGAGGUAUCCACAAGGGACUCUGCUGUCCUGAGUGCCACCGGGGCAACCACCAAGAACCUGAGCACAGAACUGGUCACGCUGGUCCCUCUGACCAGAGAACUGGUCACUGAAAUCCCUCCCAAAAUGAAGGAUCUAUCCACAGAGUUGGCUGCAGUCACAGAGGCCCUGUCCACAGGCCGCACAGCCACAGAGGCCCUGUCCACGGACCCCGCGGCCACAGAGGCCCUGUCCACGGACCCCGCGGCCACAGAGGCCCUGUCCACGGACCCCGCGGCCACAGAGGCCCUGUCCACGGACCCCGCGGCCACAGAGGCCCUGUCCACGGACCCCGCGGCCACAGAGGCCCUGUCCACGGAUCCCGCGGCCACAGAGGCCCUGUCCACGGAUCCCGCGGCCACAGAGGCCCUGUCCACGGAUCCCGCGGCCACAGAGGCCCUGUCCACGGAACCCGCGGCCACAGAGGCCCUGUCCACGGAACCCGCGGCCACAGAGGCCCUGUCCACGGAACCCGCGGCCACAGAGGCCCUGUCCACGGAACCUGCGGCCACAGAGGCCCUGUCCAUGGAACCCAAAGUCAUAGAGACUCUGUCCAUGGAACCGGCCACCACAGCAGCCCCUUUCAGGGAGCCCACUACCAUGUUGGCCCUGCCCACAGAUCCAACCACUGUGGAGGCCCUGCCCACGAGACCUGCUACCACAAGGGGCCUAACCACAGCCCUUCCUGUGGCCUCUGAUACUCCCAAGGGCACCACUGUGGCAGCUGGCGACUGGUCUGAGGCCUUCACUGGGAACAAAGGUCAGAGCCUUUUCCCCUGGAGCUCUGUGGCCCCGGCCCCCCCAGAGAGCCUGCCAGACCCGGGCCCCGUGAAGCAGUGUCUGCUGGCCAUCCUCAUCCUGGCCCUGCUGGCCACCAUCUUCCUCGUGUGCACCGUGGUGCUGGCCAUCCGCCUCUCCCGCAAGAACCACCUGUACCCCGUGCGCGAUUACUCCCCCAGCGAGAUGGUCUGCAUCUCAUCUCUGCUGCCCGAGGGGGGCGAGGGGCCUGCUCCCACGCCCAACGGAGACCUGCCCAAGGCCAAGAACCAGGGCCGGAAGGCGGGGCCGGGGGGCAACCGCGAAGGGGAUGACCUCACCCUGCGCAGCUUCCUCCCUUAGCUCCUGGCUGCUGAGCCACAGCCCAUGCCCACAUGCCGAGGCUCUAAGCUGCGGGUGGGGCUUCCUUGGAUACCCCUAGAGACGGGAAUCUUCUGGGCGGGGACCCGGGCCGCCAUCCACAGGACUGAGAGCAGCUGGGGUCCGGGCACUGAAGCAGGCCUGGCAAGCAGAACCUCCAGGAGAGGCUGCAGACAGCCCCUCCAGCUCCCUGCCCAGCCCCCGUGUGUCCCAGGCUCCCUCUAACGCCUCCCUUCCCCAGGAGGACUCAGAGUCAGUUCCCUGCCGCCAUGCCCGCUAACGUUCCCUUCUGGUUGCUAUGGUCACUGCACAGGAAGGGGGCACUCUGAACUGGAUUCCUUAGUUCAUUUCCUGUCAUUCCCCGCACCCCUCAUUUGGGGGUAUCAGGAAACCCACAUUGAGUUGUGGGGGCUGGGCAUAUUCCUUAGGGGACUCUGCGGAACGCCACAGACUAACCCCAUCCUGCCCUCCCUCGCCUCCCCCCAGGGCCUUGAUGGAGGUGCUCACAGAGGUCUCCCAGGGCCCAGCUCAGGGUCCAGGAUGGCGCAGAUGCUCAGUAAAUGUUUGGUGAACAAGUGA